AUGUCGAUCGAAUACAAUAGCACAUACCUCAACAAGGCGGGUGUCCGCUCCUUCAAUGUCCCCGGGGCGCAGCAAGCCCUUGCAGAGCAGGGCCAUUUGUCCAACGCCAUCACGGUCCCAGCCAGUGCCACCGUAGUCCAUAUCACAGGACAAGUCGGCAACGUUGAGUCUGGAGAGGUUUCCUCGGACUUUCGUCAAGAGUUUCGCCAAGCAUUCGAAAACGUCGAGACUGUGCUCAAGGCUGCCGGCGUCGACAAGGGUUGGGAGGCUGUCUACAAGGUUCAUUUCCUAACUCUCGACAAUUCGCAGGAAAGGCUUCAGGAAUAUUUGGCCAAUAUCCAAAAAUUUUGCGGAGAAAGCAGGCCCACCACCAUGGCAAUUGGUGCUUCGUCUAUUGCUUGGCCAGGUGCUACAAUUGAGAUCUUUGUGGAGGCUGUCAAGCUGUAG